CCUUACGUCAUCAACACGCUGUGUCGCGGUCACUGUGACGCGGGAUUAUUUCCUUUUUCGCCCAGCUGUGCCCUGAGGAACAUCUAUCCCGGCAGUGCCCUCCAGCUCCGGGACCAUGGCAAUGCUGGCAGAGCCCCGUAGGAAACAGAAAUGGUCGGUAGACCCAAGAAACAGCGCCUGGAGUAAGGAUGAGUCCAAAUUUGGCCAGAAGAUGCUGGAAAAGAUGGGCUGGUCCAAAGGCAAGGGGCUGGGAGCUAAGGAACAAGGGAGCACAGACCACAUCAAGGUGCAAGUAAAGAACAACACUCUGGGACUCGGAGCCUCUAUCAACUAUGAGGAUAACUGGCUCUCCCAUCAGGAUGAUUUUAACCAGAUUCUGGCUGAGCUGAAUAACUGCCAUGGGACAGAAUCCGUAGAAGAGACUCCGGCUGAGCAAGAGAAGAAAUCAUUUAGCCUGGAAGAGAAGUCCAAAUCCUCCAGGAAGCGCGUCCAUUACAUGAAAUUCGCCAAAGGGAAGGACCUCUCGUGCCGCAGCGCCACUGACCUCGCCUGUAUCUUUGGGAAGCGGGAGAAGGCUAAGAAGGGAGCCCCCCUGCAGGAAGAAGCUUCAGUUGAGUCUGAGGGAAAUGAGGAAGAGGAAACGGGAAAGCAAAGCCCCUCAAUAGAAACCCCCCCAGGAAACACUGUGACGAGCUCCCUGUCAGUAAAUGAGUAUUUUGCAAAGCGAAUGGCAGAACUGAAGAGGUCUCAGUCGAAACGCACAGAGCAACUUACACAGGAAGAGGAGGUACUUAAUGAAGAAGAACCUGACGAGAGCUCUACAGAGAGAAACCAGAAGCCCAACAAGAGGAAACGCAACAAGGGCGACGCCAUUCAAAGCUCCGGCGAUCCCGAACCUGACAUGGAAAAUACGGACUCUCCGUGUGUCACAGAAAGGCCACAAUCAAAGAAAAAGUCAAAGAAUAAAAAAUAUCAGGAGACUGAAAAUGAGACUGGUGGAACUAAAGAUGAGGAGGAUGAAGAGGAGAAACCGAAAAAACGAAAAAAGAAAAAUAAGAAGAGGAAGGAUGAACCCCACGGGGAGGAGGAGGAGGAGUUAGACUCUCACACACAGCCGGCAAAGAAGAAGAAGAAGAAAAAGAAGUCUGAAUAAAUCCAAACAACUAUUGAAAAAAUGUCUCUUGUUGCUAUGGAAGCCGCCGUAUCUUACUGUUAGAAUCUUGCAGCUGUAAUGGAGCCGCUGUAGGUUUAUGGGAUAUUAGCGAUUUCUAUAGAUAAACUUACACCCAAAUAAAUCAACUUUUCAUAUUA